AUGAAGCUCUCCGUGGGGCUUGCGACUGCCCUGGCCGGUGUCGCGACCGCGCUCUCCUCAGACCAACCCGCUGACGUAUAUCUCCUGCAAUCGAAGCAGGCCUCGAGCUCCAACAUCCCAUCAUUACCACGACAGAUUGCCCGCCUUAUCCUUCUGCAGCGUCUGUCCCCCGAGGGCCAGCAUGGAACAUGGGAUCUCCCCCAAUCUAUCUCCGAUGAGAAGGCUGUCAGCUACCUGAACGAAUUCGGCAUGGCGCCGCAGGGCCUCUUCAGCAACGCUGCCUCCGCCAACCCUUCCCAGCUUGUCGUUAUGCUUGAGGGCAUUACCGCCGACGAUGCCAAGAAGAUUCAGAACUCGCUUGGUGCUAAGGCACCGAACUUUAGAGUUGGAGAUGCCCCCUCCGCCGCCGCCAACGACCUGUUAUUGGCCAACGACUUCCAGAACAUUGGUGUUACCCAGAAGGGUUGCCAGUUUGAGAAGGCUAUCAACCCAUUUGCGGAGCAAUGCUGGAGUGGCAAGUCAUCUGUUGCUAGGUUCGACGCGAAGAAGGACUCUUCCAUCGUCACGUCCCUUACCGAUAACGUCUCCCUCCUCAACAAGCUCGCUCAGAACGGCGAGAUGGAAACCAUUCUCGUUGUCAUGCCCGAGUCAUCUCGCAACUCUAAAGUUCGUUCCUGGUCGUCCAAGCCCGAAGAGCUUAAGCGCCGCCAAGUUGAGGAGGUGAUGACCGAGUCCGACGAGAACGACCAACCCGCGCCCACGAGCCCCGCUAAGCCCACCAAGAGUGGCAACCCUUUCCCAGGCAAGAUCGAGCGCGGCUCGAUUCCCUCUUGCUUCUCCUCUCUGGAGUCUUGCCAGGAAGCGACCAAGAACUGCACUGGACAUGGCGACUGCUACAACAAGUAUCAGAAGGCUAACGGCGAGGUCUCGGGUACCUGCUUCGCCUGCUCGUGUCUUAAGACCAACUCCACUACUGGCAGCACAACCCAGUGGGGAGGCCCGGCUUGCAGCAAGGUCGACGUCAGUAUUCCCUUUUGGCUUUUCACUGGCUUCACUAUCGCCUUGGUUGGCAUUCUUUACUUCGCCAUUAGCUUGCUCUUUAAUGUCGGUGAAGAGCAGCUCCCUGGUGUCAUCGGUGCGGGUGUCUCAAAGUCCAAAUAA